AUGGGGAGCAAUGAAACGAAGAAUAGAGACGAAGUAGAAGAGCUUCUACGAGCAGCUCAGGACGAAUUGUUGUUAAAGCUCUCUGUCGACUCUCACAUAGCUUCAUCUGCAUCUUCAGUUUCAGCUUCAGCUUCAUCAAGCUUGACUCUCGAUGCGGAUCUGGAGCGCCGAUUCCAAGCCCUCAAAUCAAGACAAUCCUCAGUGGGAAUUGCAAGUGAAGAUCGGGAAUCCAAACCUGCUCUUGGCGAUGAUCCCUUCGCCAGAUUCGAUGCUCUCAAGGUUAAUUCGAAUCCAUCAUUGAAGCAAACCCCCGCGUUUCCCUCUGCUGAAGAAGAAGAUGAAGAUGAAGAUGAUCAAGUUGAGAAAUUGAUUCAGUGGGCCAAGGAUGCUGUGCGUCUAGAUCCUUCUGCUUCGUCCGACGACGACGACGACGACGAACAGCAAAACCAGGAUCGGAUGAAGCGGAAAUAA